AUGUCAGAGUCAUCGGAAGAAUUCUGUGUUUACGAAGUUAAAUCUGGAGAUUCGCUCUCAGCAAUCGCUGCUCAUUUUGGUGAUGUUACUCCCACUCAGAUUGCAAGGAUUAAUCAUUUGCCGCUUAUGAGUUGCGGCCUUCCUCCUGUUUUUCCGGGACAGCGUUUAAUAAUCCCUGUAGCUUCACGCACACAAAGUAACUCAACCAAAAUAAAACGUCUUCCAGGUGUGGCAUUGCGCGUAGAAGAUGCGGACAAACAAAAUGCUGGUGGCAAGAACACAGGAUAUUUACCUGUUGAACCUUUCUUUUAUACCACACGCGUACGGGUCUCUCCUCAGUCUUCUGGCUCCAUUGAUGAUGAUGCUUUGGAACGUCAAUUUGUUAAAGUGGAGGCUCACCGUGUUUUAAAAAAUCUUGACAAUUUGAUUGAUGGUGUUUUGUUAGUUACUCCAGAGUCGUUAUGUUUCGAUGCAAGCAAGACUGCAGUUGCCCAAAAAGAAGCUUAUAUCGCUUCUCAUUCUGGUAAUGAUAAUCACGAUGAUACUGUCAACAGUGAAAUUAAAUUGACCAGUCCACAUGAUAGUGAUGAUCAUGAUCAGCAAAAUGACAGAAAAUCGCCUAGUGACCACCCUCUUAACUUCGAAUUUUCUUGUUGUAAUAUUCCUCAAGAACUGCUUAAUUUGGGCUUGUGCAUUCCACUGAAUUCAAUCAGCGCUAUGAAAACACUAAGCGAAAAGGAUGUUGUAAGAUACUUAAGCCCUGCUACUAACAGAAAAAGAACAUCAUUAUCCUCCGACUCUUCAUCUUGUCAAAGUGAAGAAGCACAAAAGCCACAGAGUACUUCAGUCAACGAUGUAAUUUCAAAAUCGAUGGAUAAAGAUGAUGGAGAUAACCAACGAAAUAUUUUGAAUAAAUUCACUAGUGAACAGCCUACUGAAAUUAUUAAGUCUAUUCAUGAAGAUUCUUCAAAUCCUACUCCUAACACCAUCACCGAUGAACAACAUGAUGAUCAUAGUAAUCCAGAUAUCCUAUCUAAAACCAAUCCAACAAAACCAUCUUCACCAUCAGAGUGUUUAUCUCCAAUAUCUUCAGAAAUAUUAGAAAAUACAAGUAAGAGUCAAUCAUCACCGGAGAAAAGUGACAGUGGAUGCAACAGUGUCUCUGAAAAUAGCAUUGUAAAGUAUUUGUAUUUAAGGAUUUCUGUUACAGAAGGUGAAAAUCAUAUCUUUCGCCUUACAGUGGAUCGUCUCACUCAAGUAUACAGUUUCUUGUUACGUGCUGGUGUCGGUAGCUCAGAUCCUAGUGAAAAAUUGAAUGAUCACCCUGAAAACACUGUGGAUGAAGUUGAUGGAAGUCAAUUGCGUGAAAAGGGGCAAAAUCUGGAGUCUACUGAUACAACACAACAACGACGUAGUUUAGUGGAGGAGAUUUUAGAAAGUAUGGAAGAAUCAAUUCCUAUAGCAUCGCUUUCUGGUGGAGAGAGCAGAAUACUAACUGAUGAAAUGCUAGCAGACCUCAGCGUUAACUUUCCUGCUCAGUGGAUUGGUUCAAAUUUAGUCUCUAUUUAUAAAUCUGAAGAUGAUGGUUAUUGUUUAAAUACAGUGUAUAGAAAAUGCAAAGAUGUUGAAGGUGGUGUUUUAUUACUGAUUCGAGAUACUAUGGGUGUUGUAUUCGGUGCAGUUAUGUCAGAAGGAAUGAAGUGUAGUAAAGGAUUUUAUGGGACUGGUGAAACAUUUGUCUUUCAUUGGAAACCAACAUUUAAAAAAUACUGUUGGACCAAAAAGAAUUAUUUCUUUAUGCGAGGAUCGCCUCACUCGUUUCAUAUCGGUGGUCAGAGUGGAAGAAAUGCUAUUUGGUUCGAUGAAUCACUGAAAUAUGGUCGUAGUGAACCAACAGAUACAUAUGAUAAUCCUGUACUCAGUGGAAAUUUACCAGAUAUUCAAUUCUCUUCUGUAUCAAUUGAUACUGCUCAAAACACACAGUCAAUAAAUAAUCCUCCUGAAUCGAUUAAGAAACAAUCUUCAACAAUGAUGUAUAACAGUGUUCCAUUUGUAAUUGAUACUGUUGAAUUGUGGCAGUUAGUUAGUUAG